ACAAACCCCACCCCCUUUCGGUUAGCUCUCCCCCUUUCAUGAUAUUAACGUGCUCAUGAUGGAAGAGUUGGUCUAGUCCUUUCUGUUUAGGAGAGCCAUCAGGGUCAGACUGGUUGGUUGCUUAUCUUCAAAAAGAACAUGAUACUUGGGGGAUGCUUCACAAUCUGUGCACCCACUAAAAUAGAGUUACUUACGUGACAGGAGUAGUUCCGAUUUGUAAAAGAAAACAAAAGACACAAAAACUUAUUUCUUGAUUUUUUUUUUUUAAAAUAUGAAAUACUGCUUUAGGAAAAACUAGGAACUAACCCUUUGUUAAUCUCUGUUUCUGUGUGCCAGCAAACAGAAGUCCGUACUUUUCAUUUUGGACAAGUGUCCUGCAAUCUUAUUUAGAUUUUUAACAUUUCUGUGCUAUUUCUUGCAAGUUUUCACAGUUUAUACUACUGUUUUUCUUGUAAAGUAUACACAACAUGGAGGUUAUUGUUUUAUUGUUAGUAGUAUAAUUGGAUGGCAUCAAGCACAUUCAUAAUGCUAUGUUACCGUCAACUCCAUAACAUUUAUAUCACUCAAGAUGGACACUGUGCCCACAGGUACCCCUUCAGUCUCUAUGAAUUUACUUGGCUUAGAUACUUCAUUGUAAGUAGAGUCAUUGUGUAUUUCCUUUUAUCCGUCUUUACGUGUAUCUGUUUGAGUCUCUGUGAUGGCUAUUCUUGGUUGUCAGCUUGACUACAUCUGGAAUUAACUAAAUUAAUUAAAUCAUUUGAACUGGGGUGAGUCACUUCUAAUCGGAAUCGUUGAGGAGGGAAGACACGCCUUUAGUCCGGAUAUUUUGGGCUGGGAAGAUCCACCUUUAAGCUUGACCACACCUGUUGCUGGCAUCCUAUAUAAAGGACAGGGAAGAAGGAAGCUUCUCUUCUACUUGCUCUCUGCUCUCGCCCUCACUAGCACGCCUUCACUGGCACUGGAGCCUGCUUCUUCUGGAUUCCAGUGUACACUGAAGACAGCUGUGGGUUGGACAGCUACUGGAUCCUUGAACCUUCCCUUGUGAACAGUUGUUCUUGGACUAACUGGACCACAGCCUGAAACUGAAAAUGGCCCUUGAGCUAUGCUAGGUCUAUAAUGGGAAGUGUCACAGUUCGAUAUUUUUGUUAUGGGUGCCUUUUUACAUCUGCUACCUGGACAGUUCUGCUUUUCAUUUAUUUCAACUUCAGUGAAGUGACUCAGCCCCUUAAAAAUGUGCCCAUCAAGGGGUCUGGGCCCCAUGGACCAUUUCCCAAAAAAUUCUACCCACGUUUUACUCGAAGUCCAGGUCGAAUAUUAGAUCCACAGUUUAGAGCAAACCGAAUGGAUGAUUUGAUGAAUAAUCACCUUGAAGAUUCAGAUAAAGGCCUCUCAAAAUCCUCCUCUGAACUCGGCAUGAUUUUCAAUGAACGUGAUCAGGAAUUGAGAGACCUGGGUUACCAGAAACAUGCCUUUAAUAUGCUUAUUAGUAACCGCUUGGGAUACCACAGAGAUGUGCCAGACACCAGGAAUGCAGAGUGUAGAAGAAAGUCCUACCCGACUGACCUCCCAACUGCUAGUGUUGUCAUCUGUUUCUACAACGAAGCCUUCUCUGCCUUGCUGCGGACUGUGCACAGUGUUGUGGACCGCACGCCAGCACACAUUCUUCAUGAGAUCAUCCUUGUGGAUGACAACAGUGACUUUGAUGAUUUAAAAGGAGAGCUAGAUGAGUACAUCCAAAGAUACCUGCCUGCAAAAGUCAAGGUCAUAAGAAAUAGGAAACGUGAGGGAUUGAUCCGGGGAAGAAUGAUCGGAGCAGCCCAUGCUACAGGAGAAGUCCUGGUGUUCCUAGACAGCCACUGUGAGGUGAAUGUGAUGUGGUUGCAGCCCUUGCUGGCCGUCAUCCUUGAGGAUCCACACACUGUGGUGUGCCCCGUGAUCGACAUCAUCAGUGCUGACACACUUGCCUACAGCUCAUCCCCAGUGGUGCGGGGAGGUUUCAACUGGGGGCUGCACUUCAAGUGGGAUUUAGUUCCUGUAUCUGAGCUGGGAGGAGCUGAUGGAGCCACUGCACCAAUAAGGUCACCUACAAUGGCUGGAGGAUUGUUUGCAAUGAACAGACAGUAUUUCAAUGACCUUGGACAGUAUGAUAGUGGCAUGGAUAUCUGGGGAGGAGAAAAUCUGGAAAUCUCAUUUCGGAUCUGGAUGUGUGGCGGGAAGCUCUUCAUCAUCCCUUGCUCGAGAGUAGGACACAUUUUCCGAAAACGGCGGCCAUAUGGAUCUCCCGAAGGCCAGGACACCAUGACGCACAACUCCCUGAGGCUGGCACAUGUCUGGUUGGAUGAGUACAAGGAGCAGUACUUUUCCUUAAGACCUGAUUUGAAGACCAAAAGCUUUGGAAAUAUCAGUGAGCGUGUUGAAUUGAGGAAGAAAUUGGGCUGCCAAUCAUUCAAAUGGUAUUUGGACAAUAUUUACCCUGAGAUGCAAAUACCUGGCCCAAAUGCCAAACCUCAGCAGCCCAUCUUCAUCAACAGAGGGCCCAAGCGGCCCAGAGUCCUUCUGCGUGGACGGCUCUACCACUUGCAGACCAGCAAAUGCCUGGUAGCCCAGGGCCGCUCCAGCCAGAAAGGAGGCCUGGUGCUGCUUAAGGCCUGUGACUAUGGAGACCCGACUCAGAUCUGGAUUUAUAAUGAAGAACAUGAAUUGAUCUUAAACAACCUUCUUUGCCUCGAUAUGUCAGAAACUCGCUCUUCAGACCCACCUCGACUCAUGAAGUGCCAUGGGUCAGGAGGAUCUCAGCAGUGGACCUUUGGGAACAAUAGGCUAUACCAAGUGUCUGUUGGACAGUGCCUAAGAGUGGUGGACCUGAUGGAUCAGAAGGGCUCUGUUGGCAUGGCCAUCUGUGAUGGCUCUUCCUCCCAACAGUGGCGCCUAGAAGGUUAAGGUGGGCCCUGGCUGGAGACAACAUACUUUGCCAGAUUUUGUCACAGCUGCCAUAAAUCAAGGUGCUUUAUGAAGGAUGCUGCUGACCCCAACAGACAAGAACCUUGGUAGGCGGUCACCAUCACAGGAGCAGAAGGUGCUUCACUGGGACUUGGAUUAUUUCUGAGCUACUGCUAAGGGAUUCUUGUUUAUCCAGGGAAAACAAAAUAAAUAUAAAGAUUUGGGUCUAUUAGUACAAACCCUGGAAGCAGACAUUUGUAUUUAUUUACGUUUCUCUCAUUCUCCUUUGGAGAGGGAAUGGUUUCUGCCUAAUCGGGAACUUGUUACAAUUUCCUUUCAUAGAGGACUUCAUAGGAGAUUUUUUUUUCUACUAUCAUUUGUUUAAUGUUUCUAAUAGAUUUUAAAACUGGUUGAAUGCAUAUUAAUUACUUUUAGCUUCAGAAGGUAUCGUGUAUAUUUAAGAGGCAUUUAACUGUUAUAAAUUAUUUUAAUGACUUAAUAAAGGAUCUUUUUGAUCAUUUAA